AUGGCGUCGGCGUCGCGGAUCCUGCUCGUGGCCGCGCUGCUCCUGGCGGCGUCGGCGAUGACGUCGGCGCAGAAGGCGAAGGCGCCCGCGAAGCCGGCCCCCGCCGCCGCCGACGCGCCCGCGGCCGUCGAGGCGCCCGCGAAGCCCGCCCCGGCCGCAGCCGACGCGCCCGGCGCGGCUGCCGCCGACGGGAAGCCGCCGACGGACGUGACGGCCAUGCUGGAGAAGUCCGGCAAGUACUCCAAGUUCGUGCAGCUGCUCAAGGAGACCCGCGUGGAGACCCAGAUCAACGCGCAGCUGACGGACAGCUACAACGGGCUGACCAUCUUCGCGCCCACCGACGCCGCCAUCGACGGGCUCAAGGCCGGCACCCUCAACGGGCUCUCGUCCCAGGAGCAGAUCCAGAUGGUGCUCUACUGCGUGCUGCCACGGUUCUACUCCCUCUCCAUGCUCGGCACCCUCAACGGCAAGGUCAGCACGCAGGCGUCCGGCCACUCCGGCCCCUACACCUACAAGAUCAAGCCCUCCGGCAACAACGUCAACGUCUCCACCGGCGUCAAGGGCAACAACAUGCUCCUCGGCAGCGUCGUCAGCAAGGACUUCCCGCUGGCCUGCUACUCCGUGGACAAGAUGCCGCUCCCCUACGAGCUGUUCGGCCCGCAGCCGCCCACCCCGGCGCCCGCCCCGGCCCCGGCCCCCACCAAGUCCAAGCCCAAGAAGAAGAAGAAGUCCGCCGGGAUCGCCGAGGCGCCCGAGGCCGACGACGCCACCGCCGACGACGACACCGAGAAGUCCGCCGCCGCGUCCCUCUCCGGCGUCGCCAGGUGGGCCGCUGUACUCGGUGCCGCCGUCCUCGGCGCCAUGUUCUGA